UUUCAGGAAUAAAAAGUACAAAAGAAGAUUGGAUAAAAUGUGAAAAAGUGAAGAAAAGGAAGCAGGAAACGAACCAAGAAACAGCAAACGGAAAUGACAGCAAGAAGUUCAAAGGUGACAGAAGCAGUGCUGGUGUCCGGUCCCGUGUGAUCCACGUCCGCAAUCUGCCCAGUGAAGUCACCAGUGCCGAGGUCAUCUCCCUGGGGCUGCCCUUUGGGAAGGUCACCAACUUCCUGAUGCUGAAGGGCAAGAAGCAGGCCUUCAUUGAGAUGAACACAGAGGAAGCAGCCAACAACCUGGUCAACUACUCCACCUUAGUGACGCCUGUGCUGCGCGGCCAUCACAUCUACAUCCAGUUCUCCAUUCACAAGGAGCUCAAGACCAACAGUUCCCCAAUCCAAGAGCAGGUCCAGGCGGCUCUGCAGGCGGGGAACUUGGUCCAGUCAGCAACCCUGGCCUCAGCUGCAGCUGCGGAUGCAGGAAUGGCAAUGGAUGGGCAGAGCCCUGUGCUCAGGAUCAUUGUGAAGAAUCUUUUCUUCCCUGUAACUCUGGGCGUGCUGUAUCAGAUCUUCUCCCGGUUUGGCACCGUUCUGAAAAUCAUCACAUUCAUCAGGAACACCCAAUUCCAGGUGUUACUGCAGUUCGCCGAUCCUCUGAGUGCCCAGCAUGCCAAGCAGUCGCUGCAUGGACAGAACAUCUACCACCCCUACUGCACGCUGUUCAUCUACUUCUCCAGGCUCACCUGCCUCAACAUCAAGUACAACAACAGCAAAAGCUACGACUACACGCGCCCAGACCUGCCCUCUGGGGGCAGCCAGCCUCUGCUGGACCAGACCAUGGCCACAACCUUUGUACCUGGUAACAUCUCAGCCUCUCUGUAUGCAGCAGCUGGCUUCCCUCCCACCUUUGCGAUUCCUCAAGCCACAGGUCUUUCCAUUCCUAAUGUGCCCGGAGCCCUGGCCCCUUUGGCCAUCCCAGGCCUGGCAGGGACUGGGAACUCUGUCCUGCUGGUCAGCAACCUCAACCCGGAGAGAGUCACACCCCGAAGCCUUUUUAUUCUUUUUGGGGUCUAUGGGGACGUUCACCGGUUGAAGAUCUUCUUCAACAAGGAGAAUGCGCUGGUGCAGAUGGCAGACGGGACCCAGGCCCUGCUGGUCAUGAGCCUCCUAAAUGGGCAAACGCUGCAUGGGAAGCCUAUCAGCAUCACAUUGACCAAGCACCAGAAUGUGCAGCUGCCCCUCAAGGACCAGGAGGACGAGGGCCUCACCAGGGACUUCAGCAACUCCCCACUGCACCGCUUCAAGAAGCCCGGCUCCAAAAACUUCCAUCACAUCUUCCCGCCCUCUGCCACCUUGUGCCUCUCCCACAUCCCGCCUUCCGUAACAGAAGAAGACCUCAAGGUCCUGUUCUCCAGCAGUGGGGGCAAAGUCAAGGGGUUCAUGUUCUUCAAAAAGUACCACAAGAUGGCACUGAUCCAGAUGGGCUCUGUGGAGGAGGCAGUGCAGGUGCUCAUUGACCUGCACCACCUGGACUUGGGCAAGAACGAACACCUGUGGAUCUCCUUCUCCAAGUUCACCUCCUUGGGCCAGUUUCCUGGAGCCACUUCCAUCAUUCCAGAGAAAAGCCACAUUAAGAAGCAGCUGAAGUGACCUUAACAGACCAGGGAUUUUUUUUUUUUUUUUUUUUUUUAAAGAGAAAUCAGUUUACCUCUUUUUUAAAAAAAAUUAAAUCUAGCUCACCUCACUGACAAAAAUAAAUAAGUAAAAAUAAAGAUGAGACAUUACUGACUCUGAUUGUAGCUCAAUGUUGAGGGGCUUGCCUAGCAUAUACAAGCACCUGGAAUCAAUUCUCUCAGGUCCCAGGCCAAAGAGUUCAAACCUUCAGCCGAGUGUGGUAGUGCUCACCUGUAAUCCCAGCAACUGAGGAGACUGAGGCAGGAGGAUCCCACGUUCGAGCCCAGCCUCAGAGACUGAACAAGACCCUGUCUCAAAAUAAAAAAGGCUGGGAUUAUAGCUCCAUGGUAGACUACUCCUGCAUCCCCAGAGCCCUGCCCACACAUAUACACACACAAAAAGGUGACAUUCAUUUGAAAUCUACAGAUCAUUGGAUGCCUUUAUUAAGCAAGGGUAAAGGUAAAGCAAACCAGCCCUUGGCCAUGACAGUGGGGUUAACAGGAGGAAACAGAAAAGGCAACGACUUGUGUAUGCUUCAUAAUUUGCUCCAUAAAGAGUCCUAAUUUGUCUAAUUUUUGCUUAACUCUUCCUUAACAUUUUCGUCCCAUUGAUAAAUGCGUAAUUUCCCUCAGUUUUUAAAUUGUGUAUUCAUCACCAUAUGAACAGUAUCAAAGUAAAUAAAGUAACAUUUUUGUUUCUUUAGAUGAGACUAAUUUAAGACUUUCCAAGAGAAGCUUCAGUGCAGAUGGAUUUGAAAGAGUACAAAACCCAGUAAAAGACUCAGUGUUUCAGACCUACAAACAGAUGUACCUGGAGAAAAGAAGCAGGAGCCUUGGAAGCAGCCCUG